AUGUGCGUAGACAAGCUGAUCCUAAAGACUGAUGCGGAAGUAACAUACUUCGAUGUUAAAAGUACAAAAAAGAUCAAAUCACACUUGAGCACAGGUGAGGCCGAUUACGUCGAGAACGAUCAUAUGGUUGUCAUAACUUUAGAAAAUGACAAUUUUCUAGGCGAUAUAUAUUUGUAUGGAAAACCUGAGCCAGAUAGCACGAUAUAUGAUACCACCAAGGAAAAUGACUUGUAUGUUAUGAGGAAUAUUCAAGUGUAUAGCUCUGCAGAAUCGGGAAUUAAGAGAAAAGUCUCUUACUUUCAUUGUUGUUACAGUUUAGAAGACGAUAUCUGCUACAUGGUAACCGACCGUAACGUAGUGUGGGCCCUGAUAUGGGAUAGAGAGAAGUGGAGUCUAAAAAUGAGAGGUCGCUACUACGGUGAUGUCGGCAAGAAAAUAUGUGCUUUAAAUAUCCACAAUAAUAGGGUUACCAUGGCAACGGAGCUCGGAUCUAUGUGGCGCGAAGAUGCCGAUUUCACGAAGUUUAGCAAACUAUGCGAUAUCAAUAGUAUGGUGCACCUGCCUUCAUUGCACUCCGGUUGGGCGUUGUUCAAUGAGGCUGAUGUUGCUAUGCCCGUGAGCAAAACGACUCCGAGAAUAAGACAUUGUUACAAUGCUAAACUUGAUCAGUUACGUUUGGAAUGCUCCGAGAUGACGUGCGCCACGCCACAUGGCGAGGUCCUGUUCAUCGGUUUCGAAGAUGGGACGGUAGUAGUAUGUAGACCCCGUGCAAAACCACAAACUGAUCCCCAACCUGACAUAAUAAUUCAAGUACAAGAUCUAGACAAGAGCAUCGAGGACCCGACCAUAGUCGCGCUGGAAGUGUUCGAAGCAGAAAUGUGCCACCAUCUGUUCAUAGCUACCACAGAGAAAGUCCUUCAACUGGUAAUAAGUUAUCCCGAUCAUAUUAUUAAGGAGUAUUUUGAGUAG